AGUGUGCUCAGUCGUUUGGGAUUUCUCCCUUCACUCACCACAGGCAGCCCAAUCUACUUUGUAGGCUUUAGGGGGGAAAAACGACGAAUACAAGUGCCCAGAAGCGUCCAGUGGUGGGCCACUGGUGAUCAAAGUGAAAUAUUUACAAAUAGGUGGCCGAGUUUGACCUUGUGUUAAAUGUUGGCUACGGAGGAUUUCUUCUUAAGGGCUUUAAAGCGUAGUCGGGAUUUAAUCUUUCCUGUCAGGGGCUUUUGUUCGUAAGUUCGGUCAAAUCUUGUGGCUUUGGAACCCCAAUUGCAACAGAGAGGAUCAGGAUAUACAGCAUCGGUUCAAGAACAUCUUUAAUUCAGGGUAUUGUGUCUGUCGUUCGCAAGAUUGCUCUUGUCGUCGUUCAUAGAAAAGCAUUACCAUGGAAGAAGAUAAAGUUCGCACCAACGACUAUCAAGAAACGCAUUUUCUUCUCAUAAAUAAGCAUGUCGGAGAAAGAAAGUCUGCUAAGCGAAUGGUUGGUCUGGUAGGAAUGGCCAUUCUUAUUGGCUUUGUUCUAUUCUCUGCUGAGAAUUACCUCACAGCAAGCGACCAUGGAAGAGACACCACAAGACAACAGUCUGGGUUAGUGAGACCUCGUAUGCGAAGACAGACCCAGAAUACGACCACGACGUCACCGGCGACAGACGAUUCCUGUGCUUUCUCUGAGGAGGCUAAACGAGCAGGUAUUCCCAAGUUCAUUAACAAGAUCAGAGACGUGUAUGUAAAGGCAUACCCAUACGUGGUUCUGUACCGAGAAGACAUGUCAGUAGAACAAAUGAGAAGAACUUACAGCCACUACGACCCCAGACCCUCAAAAUUGAAGGCCUUGACUGACUCUUCGAUUGCCUUGGCCAAGGAGCUGGAAGAAAUCAAAGUCAACAAGAGGCUUCUAAAGAUAAGGGAAAGAAGAAUGCUUGCUCUUGCUAAACACUUUUUGGAGCAUCACUUUGGUAGUCCUUUUAGGGAUAACUACUACGCAGGUGCCUGGAUGUCAGGACCUGGAAGCCAGUGUACGAGAGAUGGCAUUGCUUACGUCAGGCUUCAAGUGGCGACCAUUUUUCUUCUCUUUCAGCCAAGCAACUCGGAGGUUCUAGAGGAUGUUUUCGCGUCGCUCCGUCGCACUGGCGAGGGAAUAACGCAGUAUCACGCUAACGUCCGGCGAGGCAUACGAUCUGGUAUGGUGAACACAGAAACAGAGUGUAAAGCAGGAUUGAGAUGUUUGCAGUCUUUGUAUUUCGGGUUUGGUAGGGAGAGGAACAACGGUAACGCCAUUCUAGGCUGGUUUGUUCCAGAUAAUUAUGCGUUCAACAUGACGCGGUUUCUUUCUUCUCUUCGUGCCAACAAAACCACAGUCAAUCAGUGGAGAGAAAAAUAUAACUCAACAUUGAGGAAUUCAGUGCUGCGCUUGCUCGUUGAACGCAUUGGAAAACCUCUUAACGACCUUAUAUACUACCUUGAGAAUGAACAUCACUUGUAUUGUGUACCGGAUAAUGUCAUCCAUGGUCUAGCAAGCCGGCCCGUGCGGUAUGUGUAUUUCAAUGGCACGCGAACCAAUGAAAGGACAAAGAUGUAUCUCGAGAGAGGAGAAAUAUUAUACGGUAGUUCUUCGUAUAACAUGGUACUAUCUUACUUUACUACGCUGUCCUAUACUCCAGCGGAAAUUCACAAAAUGGGCUGGAGAAUGCUCAGGCAACUUUAUCCACAAGCGAUACAAAUCGCUCAAAAUAUCACUGGAAUCAAAGAUGAGUCGAUUGCUGUGAAAGAAUUUAAAAAGUACAUCAACCGACCAGAGAUGUUCUUAAACGAAAAACCAUUCCCAGCUAACGAAUCUGACGAACGCGCACAUCAGAUAUGCAGCAGCAUGCGAGAUGCAGAGAGGUUUUGCCCAGUUCGUUAUGCGGCAAUGCAAAAGUGGUUCAAGAUUGCUCGGGAAGGUAUGAACCACAUUGAACCGUUGCUCACCGACUUAUUUUAUCAUCUUCCUGGACCAAAAAAGACCACGCCUUCCUGCCCAGUGGACGUCUCAAUCAGCUUUGAUCCUUCCGCCGGAGUGCAGAGUUACCACAGGAGUCAAAGUUGGUGCCCUUCACCGGCGCAGUACAACUUGCCGUUUUUCGUGGAUCGAAUGGGCCCAAAGUACGCAGAGUGGUCGGUGAGCGCACACGAAGCAAGGCCGGGACACCAUUUACAGUUGCAGGGUUAUGAAGAAAAUUUCAGCGAUACCUGUCCUUCGUCACUGGACUUGUUGGAUGAUCAACAAUUUACAGCAUUUAGUGAGGGCUGGGCCAUGUAUGCUGAAAAUCCUCUUGCAGCCAAGGAUAUAGACCUGUUUAAGAAUCAUCCACUAAAGUGGUAUGGAAUGCUUAAAGCCCAGAUAUGGCGUGCAUUACGCCUUAUAAUCGAUACAGGUCUCCACUACAAGUACAUGACACGUGACCAGGCUGUCCAAAUGUUCCACGAAUAUCUAUGGGAAAGCAGUGACAUCACCGAAAAGGAAAUCAAUCGUUACCAGUCCUGGGCGGGUCAAGCUGCCUCAUACAUGACUGGACAACUUGCAAUAUGGAGCAUGCGCAAAGACGCUGAAAGAAGACUGGGCACGAAAUUCAACUUGAAGGAAUUUCAUUACCAGGUCCUCUCACACGGUCAAGCACCGUUGAACUUUAUCAAAGAACACGUGGAAACGUACGUUGAUUGCACCUUGGAUCGCUCAAAACCUGGUUGUAAAGAAAUCCUUAAGGAAGAUAAACCUGUUUUGUCGAACUCAACGCGCGCGGAAAUCAGAAGAAGAAAAAUGAAUAAAAAACGAAUCUGGAAACUGAAGAAACAUUUACAACAUCUUCAACAUUCUCAGACAUUUUAUUUUUAACGAUGAAAACAUUCUUUAGAUUAAUAUCCAAAACUCUAUUUUUGAAAAAAACACUUUACUGAUCUUUGACGGAUUGAGCUGAGACAACCAGUUGCAUUGUAUUUGUAGACAUCUCUUUUUCUAUAUAAUUGAAACCAGUUUAUCGUAAAA